UCCUCAAUUUAUACAUAUAUGCUUAGCUUAUUCAGAAAGUAAUAGUUUAGUUAGACUUAACCCUCUAAACAAAUAGGAGGCGUGCAACUUUUGCCGACUCUGCGGGCAUAGAGACAAGGCCACCAGUCAAUAUCAUGUGAGUGACAGUGACACCAAAUACACAACAUACACGCAUUUUCUUUUUUCUUUUUUUCUUUUUUUUUGUUUUUGUUUUUUUUUUUAAUUAUUUGAAAAUAUACCAUACAAACCGACUCCCCGAAUCUUCGCCUAUAUAACUAAAAACACAACCCAUCAAAGAGAGAUCCAAAGUUGUGACAAGCUUGGCAAAUUGUAAAAGCAGAGAAAGAAGAAAAACAGGCAAAGUAACAGGAGCAAAGGCAAAACAACAAAUCAGAAACAUGACAGCAUCAGAAAAUUUUGCUAAUCUGGGUUCCAUGGUUGGUGGCUUUAUGUUCAUGUGGGCUAUGUUCAAACAGUUCUUUCCUCCUCAGCUUCAAGAGUACAUCGAGAAGUACUUCCAAAGUGUACUGAGGGUUUUUCACCCUUAUAUCCAAAUCACAUUCAAUGAAUUCACCGGAGACCGUUUCAUGCGAAGUGAAGCUUACAUUGCCAUCGAGAACUACCUCAGCUCCAAUUCCUCCGCUCAAGCAAAGCGGCUCAAGGCGGACAUGGUCAAGAACAACCAGUCCCUUGUUCUUAGUAUGGAUGACCAUGAAGAGGUAGCUGAUGAGUACAUGGGAAUCAAGCUAUGGUGGGCUUCAGGGAAAAACGUUAUAAAAAGCCAAACACCUGGAUUCUACAACUACAACGCCACGGUCGAGAAAAGGUUCUACAAGCUCAAUUUCCAUAAAAGAUAUAGGGAUCUCAUCAUUGGGCCAUACCUACAACAUGUCUUGAAAGAGGGAAAAGCAAUCAAUGUGAAAAACCGGCAGCGGAAGCUUUACACCAACAAUGGGUCUUAUUGGAGCCAUGUAGUGUUUGAGCACCCAGCAAGGUUCCAGACACUGGCAAUGGAGUCGGAGAAGAAGAAAGAAAUCAUUGACGAUCUGAUCACAUUCAGCCAGUCCGAAGACUUUUAUGCUAGCAUUGGGAGGGCUUGGAAGCGAGGGUAUCUGCUCUAUGGCCCACCAGGAACUGGCAAAUCCACUAUGAUUGCUGCCAUGGCCAAUCUGUUACACUAUGAUAUAUAUGAUCUUGAACUAACUGCAGUGAAGAGCAACAACGAGCUAAAAAGGCUCUUGAUCGAGACCUCAAGCAAAUCUAUUAUUGUGAUUGAGGACAUUGAUUGCUCGCUGGAUUUAACCGGACAGAGAAGGAAGAAGGAGAAAAGGGAAGAGGUAGAAAUUACGGACCCAGAUGAAAAACCACCAAAAGAAGAUAAGGAUUCCAAGGCCAGCCAGGUUACUCUUUCAGGGCUUCUGAAUUUCAUUGACGGGCUUUGGUCAGCUUGCGGUGGAGAAAGACUUAUUGUCUUUACCACUAACUAUGUGGAGAAACUCGAUCCGGCUCUAAUUCGCAAAGGGCGGAUGGAUAAACACAUAGAGCUACCAUACUGCAACUUUGAAGCUUUCAAGAUUCUGGCUAAGAAUUAUCUUAAGCUUGAAUCGCACCCUUCGUUUUCCACAGUGAGUAGGUUGUUGGAGGAGACCAACAUCACCCCUGCUGAUGUUGCAGAGCAUCUGAUGCCAAAGACACUUCCUGGAGAUGCUGAAACCUCACUGAAAGUUCUAAUCCAAGCGCUUGAACAGGUUAAAGAGGAACAAAAGCUGAAAGCUGCUGAGGAAGAUGCCAAAGAGAAGAAAUCGCUAGACAAAGAAGAAGCAAAAGAGUAGAAAAAAAAUACAAAGGUGAAGAAAUUGGUCAGCUCCACAAAAUGCAGAGAAGGGCAGAGGAUAACAAAAAAAAAAAAAAAAAAAAAAAAAAAACCAGGAUAAGGGUGUAAAAUGAGUGGCACUGGUUUUUAUUUGGUAGAGAUUUUAGAUUCAGUAAUAAACUUCGCUUCUUUAGAAAAGAAAAGUUGUAAAAGACCAGUGAACCAAUCUUAUGAGCAACUUUAUCAAAUGGUUCCACUUUUAAUCUUAA